AUGUCCGCCUUCCGCUCCAUCACCAUGCGAUCAUCCUUCCGCGCAGCCUCUCCUGCCAUCCGUCAAGCUGGAGCUUUCAGGUCGUUCCAGAGCGGACGUGUGCUGCAAGUAGUGAAGGAGAACAAGGAGGGCAACGCCGAGCGCGCGCAAGAAAUCGAGUCCGCAAAGCAGGAGGAGUUGAAGAAGCAGAAGCAGGGCAAGAACGAGCACAAUGACAAGCUCGCCAGUGAGAGUGAGAGUGCGAUCAGGGGCGAGAAGCACGACAAGUCCAUCGACCAGAUGCAAAAGGAGGGCGCACAGGCCGCGCAGAAUGAGAAGAAACUAACAAUCCAUCUCCUCGACCGUCUCGAAAUCUGGCUCACCAACCUCCACGCCUACCUGAAACCCGACCUCAACGCCUCCAUCGCGCGGCACAACCACCACCGCGCAAUGCAAGCAGCGCGCACCAACGCCGAACUGGAUUAUGCUCGCCGGUGGGACGAGUUCAGACGGAACGAGGCGAUGCAGAUGGCGCAUAUUAGGGGCGCGGUGGAGCAUGCGAGGUUUGAGGCGAGGGAGGCGAGGGCGGUGAGGAGGGCGGAGGAGUGGAUUAUGGGGGAGGGGUUGGUGAUUCGGGUGGGUGGGUGUGGGGGGAGGGGGUGA